AUGCCCGCUGAACUGCUCCAAGUGUCCCAACCUAUGGAUGUUGGCCGAUAUGGCAGCUUCAAACAACGAUAUGCCUUUGGAACAUCGGCAAACAACACUGCUGGAAAGAGCAUGAGCGAUUACUUUAUGAUGUCGCAAUUCUCAACUACCCCAAGCAUGGCCAUGAAUGUCUCACCCUCUCCUCGCUUCACCGUCCUCGAAGACAAAUUCUGCAAGAAUUUCACGUGUUGUGGCCUGGAAUUGGACGAUCUGCAUAUGCUACUACAACACUUUGAGGAAAUCCACGGUAGAGAAGAUGAAAACAUGUCGGACGAUGAAGAUGCCGGUGACGAUGAUAUGCCAUUCGAGCUGGAAGGAGAUGCAAUGGAUGUAGACAUGCCAACUCGUCCACAGACUAUUACUACUGUUGUAACUUCGCCACAGGAUAAAAGAGCAUCGCCACCGCCGGGAAAUAAUGCUGAAUUCACUACUACUUUAUCAAAUCUCACCGAAGUCAUUCUCAAAGCUCAUAUACAGAAUCAACAGCAACAGGCACAGGACCAACCUGAUCCUGCCACAAUGCAGAUUGUCGCCCCGUCCGAUAUCUACACUCCCGAUACAUCCCGAUCCGCUUCCCCAGCGUCAUCUCGUAGAUCCGACAGUAAUCAACGCAGUAACUCUACUCCUUCUCCUCGAUCAUCCGCUCAACGCAACAAGAACCAUAGUAGUAGCAGCAGUAACGCCAGGCCAGAGAAACGACAUUCUACACCGAGUUAUGAUUACGAUAUGGAUGCCGAAGACCCCGAUUCAGACACUGUCUCCAUCGGCGGUGUAGAAGCAAAUAUUAACUUGCCUGUCAUCAACAUUGUUGAAGCUCCCGUUGAACGAAUAUCAGAGAGACCGUCGAGACGUGUCUCGCCUGUAUUGGAUGAAGACUCGAUGCAAGCAGAUCGACCGUAUAAAUGUAAGAUCUCUGGUUGUACGAAGGCUUAUAAAAAUCCUGGCGGUCUCAAGUACCACAUGCAACAUGGUCACUGUGAAGAUACUGGCGACCCGGAACUCAACAAUGUCAUCCACAAGCCUUAUCAAUGCACGGUUCCUGAAUGUGGCAAGAGAUACAAGAAUCUGAAUGGACUCAAGUAUCAUAUCGAACAUGCACAUGUUGAGCUGUUGGGUUGA